UUCCCUUCGUUCGCCAGUAAAGAAGAGUUUUUUUUUUAAUAUAAAAUGCCAAACCAUUUAGGUAAAGACAUGUCAGUUUAAUUUUAAAUAAUCGACAGUGUUUAACUAAAUAAUUCACCCUUAACUCACAAUGAAAUCCUUCACCGCUGCUGCUGUUAUCUCCACCUUGGCUGCUGCCAAUGCCGGUUUCGCUCCCGCUCCCUUGGCUUAUGCUGCUGCUCCCUAUGCUGCCGCUCCCUUCGCUGCUGCUUCUCCCUAUGUAGCUCAUCACUACGCUGCCGCUCCUUAUGUAGCUGCCCCCGCUGCCUACUCUGCUCCUUUGGUAGCUAAGACUUUCGCUGCUGCUCCAGCUUUUGCUGCCCCUGGCCCAGUCUAUGCUGCUGCCCCAGCUCCUUAUGUAGCCGCCCCUGUUGCUAAGACUUAUGCUGCUGCUCCCGUCUACGCUGCUGCCCCAGCCCCAGUUUUGGCUAAGACCGUUGCUGCUCCUUUGGCCGCUCCCGUUGCUGCCGUAGCUGCUCCCGUUGUAGCCAAGGCUGAAGUUGUUGAUGCCUACCCUCAAUACAAAUUCGCCUACAAUGUCCAAGAUGCUUUGACCGGUGACUCCAAGACCCAAGAAGAAACCCGUGACGGUGAUGUAGUACGUGGCUCUUACUCUCUCAUCGAAGCCGAUGGCUCUCGUCGUAUUGUCAACUACUAUGCUGAUUCCGUCAACGGUUUCAACGCUGUUGUCUCUAAGGAUGUUCCCGUAGCUGCUGCUCCCGUUGUAGCUGCCCCAGCUGCCGUUGUUGCCUAAUUUUUCACAAAUUCUUUUUGCCUAUUUGCCUUUAAUUCUUAGCUAAUUAUUUAUCUUCAUUUCGUUAUCUAUCCUUUUUUCCUGCUAAGUCAAUGGGUUAAAUUAACCCUAUGUUUAGGUGUCAAGGUGCUGUCACAUAAUUGCAAUAGUGUAAGCGAAUUUCAUUUGUAAAAAACAUUUUCUACAAUCAUUGUCGUUGUUGUAAAAAAUGUCAACUGUCAUCACUUACUCAUGAACGAAGACUUUGUUAAAACUGUUAAAUAAAAAAUAAUUAUUGAAAAAAAAAAA